AUGCUCAAGCGCGUGUCCUCCGUGAAGAAGUCCAUGGUCGGGUCGAAGAAGGACAAGAAGGAGAAGAACGGCGGGGGCGACGGCGGCGACGGCGGCGGCGAGGGUAAGAAGUCGAAGAAGAAGGACGGCGGCGGCGGGAAGAAGGGCGGCAAGGGCGGCGCCAAGGGCCGCGCGCAGAAGGGCGCGGCGGCCAUCGUCGGCAACCGCAUGGACGUCGACAAGGACUACGUGCCCGUGAAGGUCGAGAAGAACCCGAAGACGCGGAAGCUCAUCUUGGAGGUGCUCGACCACCUGACGAUCUUCCAGGAAUUGUCCUACGACCAGAAGGAGGCGAUCAUGCUCUGCAUGACGGAGGUGCGCACGCCCACGGGCGAUAAUUUGAUCGUCCAGGGCGAGACGGGCAACGCCUUCUACAUCGUCGAGAGCGGCCAGUUCAACAUCUUCGUCGACGGGAAGCAGGUCGCGACGUCCGAGGAGGGCGGCUCCUUCGGCGAGCUCGCCCUCGUCAUGGACCAGCUCCGGGCAGCCACCGUGACGGCGGCCAAGGAUUCGCUCUGCUGGAAGCUCGACCGCGCGCCCUUCCGCAAGUACAUGGCGAGCUCCACCGCCGGCGAGCUCACGCACAUCAUCGACGGCCUCAAGAAGAUCCAGCUUCUAGCGGGCCUCUCCGAGAACCAUCUCUCCCAGCUCGCGUUGCACACGUCCACGGAACAGUUCUCCGUCGGGAGCCGCAUCAUCUGCAAGGACGAGGUCGGCGACAAGUUCUACAUGAUGAAGGAGGGCGCGGUCCGCUGCGCGAACAUCGGCCGCCAGCCCAAGGCCGUGGGCUACGUGGACCUGGGCAAGGGCGCCCACUUCGGGGAGCGCGCCCUGAUCCGCGACGAGCUCCGCGCCUGCGACGUCAUCGCCAUGAAGCCCACGGUGUGCUACACGGUGGGCCGCGAGGACUUCGUGGCCUUGCUGGGCAACCUGAGCGAGGCCAUGGAGCGGUCCCUCGCCGUCGCCGUCAUCAAGUCGCUGCCGGACAUCGCCGCGGACCCCGUCGCCGCCGCCGUCGUCCGCGACAACCCGGCGACCUUCGAGCAGCUCCUGCGGAAGGAGUACAAGGCGGGCGACGUCGUCAGUGAGAACGUCGCGGACCUGACGAAGCUCAUCGUGGUCCGCAAGGGCACCAUCGAGCUCGAGACGCCCGGGUCGUCCAACUCCUGGUUCCAGAUGGAGAAGCGGAACCUGGUGACGUCGGGCCGCGUGCUCGGCAUCCACGCGCUCGGCGUGCACCCCAAGUGCGCGGACGCCAAGGCCAAGGCCAAGGACGACGUCCUCGUCUACGAGUUCGACCCCGCGGUCAUCACGGAGGAGCGCACGCGCAAGGCCCAGGACGCGCACCUCAUCAAGACGCUGCCCAAGUUCACGGAUUUGGAGAUCAAGCGGACGCUGGGCAUGGGCACGUUCGGCCGCGUGAAGCUGACGUCGCACACGGUCAACGGCGUGACGAACAUCUACGCGCUGAAGAUGCUCGUGAAGCACAUGAUGGCGGAGAUGAAGCAGACCCACGCGAUUUUGUACGAGCGGCGCGUGCUCAAGGACCUCAAGCACCCCUUCGUGCUCCGGCUUUUGACGACGUACCAGUCCAUGAACGUCUGCUACUUCCUCCUCGAGCUCGUCCAGGGCGGCGAGCUCUUCAGCCGCCUCACGUGCUUCGCCAUGGACGCCUUCCCCAUGGACGAGGCCAAGUUCUACGCGUGCACGACGCUCGACGCGCUCUGCUACAUCCACUCGAAGAGCACGGUCUACCGCGACCUCAAGCCCGAGAACAUCCUCAUCGACGCGGGCGGCUACAUCCGCAUCGUCGACUUUGGGUUCGCCAAGGUGCUGAAGACGGGGGACCAGACCUACACCAUCGUCGGCACGCCCGAGUACCUCGCGCCGGAGUGCGUGCUGGGCCAGGGCUACCGCUUCGACGUGGAUCUGUGGGCCUUUGGGUGCCUCGUCUACGAGAUGCACAUGGGCGCGACGCCCUUCGCCGCCGACGACCCGAGCGACACGAUGCAGAUCUUCAAGCAGAUCCAGCAGGCCAAGGUCAAGUUCCUGAAGAAGGACACGACGCGCAUCGGCGGCGACACGGUGCAGCUCUGCCAGUCGCUGCUGGACCGGAACCGCAAGAAGCGCCUGGGCAACCUCAAGGGCGGCGGCAACCAGAUCAAGGAGCACCCCUACUUCCAGGGCACGGACUUCAAGGCCCUCCACUCCAAGUCCGUCGACGCGCCGUUCAAGCCCCCGAUCAAGGGCACGGACGACAUGUCCCUCUUCGACGACUACGACGAGGACAUGGACAUCGCCGAGUACCACGACGACCAGCGCAUCUUCGACGAGUUCGCCUCCGAGAUCAUCGACGACAGCGAGCUCAUCGGCUCGUGA